UUGGACAGGCACAUUCCGUGGAUUAAGAUCUGAGUAUGGAGCCGACGGACGAUGCGGUCUACGCCUUUGAGGCGCUGCCGACCGCGCUGCCGCAAUGGACAUCUACCGACGUCAAGGCCAAGCUCAUGCAAUGGAACUUGGAUGAACACGGCUGCGUCGGGCGCUUCCGGCCCAGCUGUCCCUUUGACCCAAGAGACGACGCGGCGUUCCUCCGCUGCUUCUUCGAAAGUCAAGUUGUACGCGACCAUCUCUCUCUGCCCGCCUCGACACCCACGACCUUGGACGGUCUCUUGUUCGAGCGACUCGCUACGACCGUCACGAGCAUGGCCUUUUUCGAUAAGCUUGCGAACGAACCUGACCUGGUGUCCAGCGGCGGCUACCUGCGCAAGUGCUAUGACGAGGUGUACGAGCACUGCACUGUGAGUGACGGCGUCCGCGAAAUGAUGGCCAACGGCGACUCGGAGCACGCGCACUUGUUUACGGCGGCCGAGCAGCGCGAACUCAUCUUCCAGAUUUUCAAGCGUCUCGUCAUCGGUGGCGCCAUGUGCCAAUCAGACGAGACGAUUCAGCCGUACCUCGACAUUACGAAAGCCAUUUACAAGGCGCUCGCUGCGGUGCGCAAGGGGCCGCAGGGCGACGUGCACGUCUACUCACAUGUCUACCUCUUCACGGACAAGAGCACUCGCAAGGGCGGGUCGCUCUUCCAAAAACUGUCGCCAUUCAAUGCGUGCUUUGUCGCGGUCGAUCCCAAAAAGCAAGCGGUUCAGUGCUGGUACGUCCCCUACGUCCCCUUUUGGUGAUGGGCAAAAGCACAACUACAAAUGAACUUGACAAUCCAACUGGAUGUCUAUACUGUGCUUGUAAUAAAAUGCACGAAGUCGUCAUACGACGUCAUCGGCGCCGACGCAA